AUGUGUAUGUUGGUAAAGUAACGGCUACUGACGCGGAUAUUGGAAGAAACGCAGAAUUGUCAUAUCGCUUCACUGAAACACAGACUGAUUUUGUUAUUAACCCGCAGAAUGGAGAAAUCAGAAGCGCUAAAACUUUUGAUCGCGAACAGCUAAUUCGAGACUCACUAGACACAUUGUUUGAAUUUGAUGUAACUGUUGUGGAUGGAGGCGUGUCACCGCUAGAAGACCAUGCCCAUAUUAUGGUUUACAUUUCUGAUGUAAAUGAUAACGCCCCGCAGUUUCAUUUGUCGUACUAUUCAGCGUCUAUCUCUGAAACAGCAAUGAAUAACACACCAGUUGUACAUGCUGCUGCUACCGAUCCUGACGCUGGAGAAAAUGCGAGAAUAACUUAUUACAUAACGGACGGUAAUGAAGGUAAUCAAUUUCACAUCAACCCAUCAACUGGUCAGAUAACUUUAAUCGGUGUCUUGGAUCGAGAGGCCGUACCCCAAUAUAUUUUGACUGUCUCUGCAGUGGAUCAUGGUACACCGCAGCUACUGAGUACAACCACGCAAGUUGUUAUUACCGUACUAGACGAAAAUGACAAUGCACCCGUAUUUGCACAGUCCGCGAGAUCAGUUGAUGUGGCCGAAACCCUUGAAGUCGGUGAACUUAUCACCAUUGUUAGUGCUUCUGAUCAAGAUAUCGAUCAAAAUGCAUUGAUUAAUUACAUCAUAACUGGCGGAAAUACGUACGAGACAUUCCGUAUUGAUCAAGACUCUGGAUAUUUAUAUUUGGCCAAACCACUGGAUUACGAAACGCGAAACUAUUACGAACUCAGCAUCACUGCCCGUGAUAAUGGCAGAUCACCGCUCACAGACACGAUUAAAUUUGAAAUUCAUAUUCGCGAUACAAAUGAUAACGCGCCUGUUUUCACAAUCAGUUCUAUUAUACAUCAAGUCACUGAAGGUGUUGAGAUUGGUACAGAUCUAAUUGCUGUCACUGCGACAGACCCAGAUUCUGACAUCAACGGCGACAUUGUCUAUUCCAUCACUACCCAAGAACCUCCUGGAGAGCACUUCUCCAUUCAUCCAAUCAGUGGCAUGAUUUCUACUUCCGCUGAGAUUGACCGCGAAGAUCUGCCCAACGGAAUGUUUGAAAUUGUUGUCAUGGCAAAGGAUCAAGCCAUACCAGUAUCUAAUCGGAAAUCUGCUACUAAGCGAGUGACAAUUAUGGUGCUAGAUAUCAACGAUAAUGCACCAGUGUUUGUAUCUCAAAAUGCUGCAACUAUAAUGGAAUCCACCUUAACUGGAGCUGAUGUUACCACGGUAACAGCUGUGGAUCCAGAUGCUGGUUCCAAUGGGGAAGUUUCAUAUUCCCUGUCAGAAAGUGUGAACAAUCCAUUUUCUAUUCAUGAAACUACUGGGAAACUGACAUUAUCCGGAUACUUGCUCUCUUCCAGACUGGUGUACCCGCUGACAGUUAUUGCUACAGACCAUGGUAGUGACAGGAAAUCUAGUUCUUUCUUGUUAAACGUCAUCAUCACUAGUAUUGCUAACUCGGGAGCUAUUUUCACAAAAAGCUUGUAUACCGCUAAUGUAUAUGAAAAUUCACCUAUUGGAACCAGUAUGAUUAGGAUUACGGCGAGCUAUCCGACCAAUCACAAUGCAGAUAUUGAGUAUUACAUCACAUCUAUUAUGUCAGGAAAUAAACGUAGCGGACGAGACUUUGUGGUUGAUAAACAAACCGGAGAAAUUACAGUUGGCAAUGAACUUGACCGUGAGGCUGGGAAUACUUUAUAUAAUAUAGUUGCCUACGCAGUGGAUAUGACUGCUUCCACACCGCAGACAAGAAGCACCCAGAUUCAUGUUAGUCUAUUAGACGAAAACGAUAAUCCCCCAAGAUUCGAUCUAACCUCGUACAGUGUGAACAUUCUAGAAGAUGUAAAUACGAACACUGUAGUUACCACGGUUACAGCCACAGAUGCAGAUGAAGGCAUUGACACCCAAAUCGCGUAUAGGAUUGUUAGUGGGAAUGAUGGAAAGUUUUACAUUAAUGAGCAAACUGGUCAAAUCCGUACCAUGGAUGAGCUUGAUCGUGAGACAACACCAAGUUACACACUCGCGAUUAGUGCGUCGGAUGGUGACUUGUCGUCAAUAACGACUUUGGAUAUUUAUUUAUUAGAUGCUAACGACAACCCACCCGAGUUCAGUAAAUCUGUGUAUGCGUUUGUUGUGUCUGAAAGUGAAACGAUCGGAACAUCGGUUGGAGAAGUAAUCGCCAUUGAUCCAGAUGAAGGCAGCAACGGGAAUGUGACAUAUUCCAUUCUAGAAGACUGGGGACAGGAUAGAUUUUCUCUCGACUCAUACAGUGGCAUUUUCACUCUGGACAAAAAAUUAGAUUUUGAAGAGGUACAAUAUUAUUUGAUAGUGGUAGAAGCAUCUGAUGGCGGCACUCCUUCAUUAUCAAGUUCAGUAUCAUGCUAUUUUAGUACUACAGAUGUGAAUGACAAUGUACCGAUAUUUGACCCAUCGUCCUACGAUGCUCAUGUUAUAGAAGAUGUAGAUGUUGGUUAUAGUGUCGUCAAGGUAACAGCUACUGAUGCUGAUGCAGGACCAAAUGGUGCAAUUUCUUAUUCCAUCACAGCAGGAGAUGAUGGUGAGGAAUUUCAAAUACUUGAAGAUGGUACCAUAGUAACGGCUAAAGAACUAGACAGAGAGCUUAAAGAGUAUUACAGUCUGGAUAUUACAGCAUCUGAUCAGCCGUUAGAAGGAACACCACAAACUGCAACUGCGCGGGUUUCCAUAGUGAUAGGAGACGUCAAUGAUAAUGCUCCAGAGUUCCAGAAUACAAACCUCACAACAGUGUCUGAAGAUGCUGGGGCUUACACCACAGUUGUUGAACUGGUUGCUACGGAUGCAGAUGCAGGUGAUAAUGGUGAUGUUGAUUACUCCAUGGAAUCAAUGAGUGAGUUCUUCUUGACCUCAGACGACGUGAUUGUAGUUUCUGACGAUGGGGUUCUUGAUCGAGAAACUGAUGCACAGUAUGUUUUGACUGUUUAUGCGUGGGACAAAGGUGUACCCCGGCGGACAUCUACCAUGCAGAUAACUGUUAUUAUUCAGGAUGUCAACGACAACGCUCCAGCAUUUAGUUCUGAAUCUUACAAGGUUGAGGUUAUGGAGAAUAUGCCUACUGGGAAGGAAUUUUUCCAAGUUGUCGCCACCGAUGCAGAUGUGGGCAAUAACGCCAUAAUUGAAUAUCAUAUCACUAAUGGGAAUUACAACAAUGACUUCAGUAUCGACACUCACACAGGUGUUCUCGCGAGUGAGAACAUACUGGACCGCGAAGGGCGCUAUGAAUACACCCUGAGUGUGACUGCCCAGGACAAAGGCAUGGUGCCACUGGUGUCUACAGCAACAGUGACCAUCACAUUAAAUGAUAUCAAUGACAACAUACCUCAGUUUGAAAGUCAAAACAUGGAGGCAAGCAUCAACGAAAACAACCAGGUUCCAGCACUUGUUACCACCUGUGCGGCUAGUGAUCCUGAUGAAGACAGUAAUGGAGAAAUGGUAUUUGAGAUUCUACAAGUCAGCGCAGGGCAAGAAGGAUUAUUUACUAUUGACACAUCUGGUAAUGUGUACGUCAAUGAAGUCCUCGAUCGCGAGACUAUUGCUGAAUACCAUCUCAACAUUCAAGUAUCUGACAAUGGAAAUCCAUCACUUACAAGUAGCGCUUUGUUGGAAAUACAAGUCGGUGAUGUCAAUGACAAUCCACCGAUAUUUAUUGUAACAAACAGCUCUGCAUCAGUUCUUGAAGAACAACCAAUAAAUACGACUGUUACCACGGUUACUGCAAGGGAUGCAGAUGAAGGGGUGAAUGCUCACAUAAAAUAUCAUAUAACCAAUGAUAAAUUCACUAUCAACCCAUUGACUGGAGAGAUUCGGACUAAUGCUGUACUGAACCGAGAAGAGAAUGCAAUUUAUGUCUUGGAGGUGAUCGCGACCGAUAAAGUCAAUGUGAAUUCGCCUGACAUCUUAUCCAGUACAGCUACAGUAUAUGUGACAGUGGUUGACAUCAACGACAAUGACCCGGCCUUCGAAGACUUGCCUUAUUAUGCUGUAAUCAAAGAAGUAGAGGAUUAUACUGGUUUAACAGGUGCUGUAGCAGAUACAUAUAUCUAUGCAGCGAGUACCAAUGAUGCUGACAUUGGAACCAAUGGCUUGAUCCAUUAUGCAAUCUCUAAAUCCAACCCGCAGAGCAAGUUUAAAAUUGGAUCGCGUAAUGGUGUUGUCCAAGUCUCCAGCAGUCUGGAUGCUGGUGAUGACUACUGGGUAGAGAUUACAGCACGAGAUGGGGGACCUGGAUCUUAUUCCAUCAAGACCAAUCUGACGGUGACGUUCAGUUCAGAUUCCUUUCCAGUCUUCAGCACAUCGCCCACUUCUCAUUUUUAUAGUGAGGAUGCAUAUGAUCCUAACGAUAACGUGGUAACGUCAGUCAGAGCCACAUCUUCUAAUGGAGUGGUGAAAUAUUACAUGGCUGCUGGUAACUUUCAAGAAACAUUUCAUGUUGAUCGCAAUAGAGGGGAAGUAACGAUUGAAAAACCCCUGGAUUAUGAGGUGAUGAGUUACUACCAACUUUGGAUUGAAGCGAAGGAUGAUGAUCAUUCUAGUUACAUUUCAUGUACUGUUCAUGUAACAGAUGUCAAUGACAAUGCACCUGUUUUCACUGAGCGUGUUUAUUUUGCAUCUGUCCUAGAAGGGGAAGACUCGGGUACCAGCGUAGUAACUGUCUCUGCCAUCGAUCACGAUUCGGGUAGCAAUGGACAAGUUCUGUACUUACUUCAAUCAGCUACUGAUGACUUUGCUAUUGAUAGCCAGACGGGUGAGCUGACCACAACUAAAGUUCUGGAUCGUGAAACUAAUGCUUUUUACACACUAACGAUCCAUGCCGUGGAUCAAGGAACACCUUCACUAACAGGCACCACUACUGUUGAAGUGGACAUACUGGACAUCAAUGACCAUGCUCCGUCACUUACAGGUUGGAUAACUGUAAAGUCAUCUCUCCUGUCAAAUGUUUACCAACUGUUUCAUCUGAAUGUACGUGCCAGUGAUCAAGGAAACCCACCACUAUCUGAUGAAACUCUAGUCAAAAUACAAGUCACUGAAGUAAAUCAGCAUGCGCCUGAUUUCAUCGGUGACCCAUACAGUGAAACUGUAUUUGAGAAUGCUCAAAUUGGUUCAUCUAUUCUAACAGUUCUGGCUACAGAUAAUGACGUGGGGAAGAACGGCGACAUCAGGUACUCUUUUGCAUCUGGAAAUGAUGAUGGCCUCUUUGCAAUCGGUUCUGAAAAUGGGGUCAUCACUGUUGCAGAGGAGCUAGACUUUGAAGCCCAAGACACACACAUUUUGAACGUAAGUGCUCGUGAUCUUGGUGUCAUAAGUUUAGAAAGCUUUGCACGAGUUGAUGUGGUCCUUAUUGAUGUUAACGAUAAUUCUCCCGAGUUUGAGUCACAAGAAUACAACCCCACUAUUCCAGAGAACUCACCGAGCGGCACAAGUGUUGUCACUUGCGUAGCCACAGAUGCUGACUCAACGUCAAAUGCUGUUAUUGUCUACAAAAUUAUCGGUGGUGACGGACAGUAUUAUUUUGUCAUAAACCGUCAAAAUGGAACCAUUUUCUCUCAAAGUCAUCUGAAUUACGAAGACGAGAAGAAAUCGUACGAAUUAACCGUGCGUGCUGAGAAUGAAGAACCGUCUAUGUAUGAUGACACUCGAGUGAUUGUGCACAUUACUGGCAUGAACGAAUAUUACCCAGAAUACAUCAAACACUACUACACUUACAGUGUUCCAGAGAACGCUGAUGAUGGUCAGCUAGUCGGCAUAGUAGCUGCUAGAGACAAGGAUCAUGGGAUAGAUGGACAAAUCAGGUAUGUCCUUGUCGGCGGAAGAACUUACGAAGGUUUUGCAAUUGAUGGUGAAACUGGAGCGAUCCACGUAUCUUAUGCACAUGGUACUUUAGAUCGUGAAAGUCAAGACACGGUGAUUCUUUUAACAUUGGCGAAAAAUGGUGGCGUGAUUAAUGGUGAUGAUAUUGACGAGGCAGUGGUUCGUAUCAACAUCACUGACGCUAAUGAUCCCCCUGUUUUUAUGCCGAAUUCUUAUGUCGGGAAUACACGCGAAAACUCAUCCAUUGGUGUUUCUGUGUUGACUGUCAGUGCAGAAGAUUAUGACCUCAAUGAACCUGAUAACCUAUUCUCUUAUGAAAUUGUUGGUGGUAAUAUCAAUAAUGCCUUCGCCAUUGAUCAACAAACUGGUGUGAUCAGUACUUCUGCGGUUUUGGACCGUGAAGAGAUACAACUUUAUAAUUUGACAGUAGCUGCUGUGGAUGGAGGAAAUCCGCCUCAAACUGGUUAUGCUGAGGUUGAGAUAAGUAUAGAUGAUGUCAACGACAAUGGUCCAAUGUUCUACCCUGAAGACACUGUAGGAAGCGUUUAUGAGAAUCAAAGCCCAGGUACCUCUGUUAUGAUUCUGAGUGCUUACGAUCCUGAUACACCAGUCAAUGGAGCACCAUUUUCAUAUUACCUAUUGCCAUCGGAUGACAGCGAACAAUUCAGUGUUCAUCAGUCUACAGGAUUAAUCACAACCAAAGCAUCGUUAAAUCGUGAAGAUCAAAGUGAUUACUACCUGCCUAUUGAAAGCAGAGAUUCAGGCGUGCCACAGAUGACGUCCACUACGAGGAUUCACAUCAUGAUUCUUGACACCAAUGACAAUCCGUCUAGUUCCAGAUCAGCUGAUAUCUAUGUCAACGCUUUUCAAGGUGUGUUCCCGGGUGGGUUGAUUGGUAUAGCUCACCCUCUUGAUCCUGACGUGGGUGACGUCUUUGAGUGUGAAAUUGUCACUGCAGAUCCCAUGUUCAGCAUUUAUCCAGGUUGCGAGCUUCAUUCAUCCGUGCACAGUGGUAUCGCUUCUUAUGUUCUAAAUAUCAGCGGUAGUGAUACCAUCCAUCCUUCUGUGUAUUCGAACUUCAUUGUUGACUACCAUGCCUUCAGUAACAACUCCCUGAACAACAGCAUGACACUGGUUCUGGGGAACAUAGAUGCAGUGACGUUUCUCACUAGUCAUUUUAAUCUUUUUUACACGUCUGUAUCAGAUGAGUUGAGUUCGGGGGAGACAUUCAUGAUUAUUGAUUUAUACGACGUUGAAGAAAAUAUGGACUUGUUAGUUGCCAUUAGACUGGGAGGCCAUCAAGACGUAUACUACACACGCUCUGAUUUGGCAAGCUUCUUCAAUAACCAUGAGGACCACAUUGAGCAGGAUUCAGGAGUCGAGAUCAUCAAAAUUGAUUACACCCCGUGUGAAAACCAACCGUGCAUCAACAAUGGAGAGUGCACUGAUCACGUGGAAGUGUACGAUAAUUAUAUCAUUACGGACAGCAAUCCGAUCAUCUUUGGAUCAUCUCAGAGUCAACGUGUUUUCGUAUGUGUAUGCAAAGAUCCGUAUUUCGGUGAACGAUGUGAGAGAGAACCGAAUCUGUGCGAGAGUAACCCGUGCCUUAAUGGCGGAACAUGCCAUAAAGACUCGCUUGUAUUCUAUUGGUGCGAGUGUGCGCCAGGGUUUGCUGGUGAUCUGUGUGAUAUUGUUGUUGAUGAAUGUGAAAGUGAUCCAUGUAAAAAUGGUGGAACGUGUCAUAAUCACGAUAAUGGCUAUGUCUGCGUCUGUGUCGCUGGAUAUACGGGACCCGAUUGCGAUAUUGAAAUGGAUCCUUGCACUCCACCACCAUGCUUCAACGAAGGCGAAUGUGUGCCAGAUGAUAAUGGUUUCACAUGUGAAUGUAACUUCGGUGAAAGAGGUGACCGAUGUGAAUUCUCCAGCUACAGUUUUCUUCCAAUGUCUUACGCCCAAUAUGAAUCUCUCGGCGGUGCUACCAAUUGGAUUACUAUGCAGUUUGCGACAACAUUCGAGAAUACACUUCUGCUGUACAAUCAUGACACGAACGUUGGAGAUAAAUCGGAAUUCAUCGCCAUCGAGGUCAUCGAUGGUAAGGUGUGGUUUUCAUACAACAUGGGGGAUGGCACGACCCGUGUUCAUACGGACAAAAUCGUAUCAGACGGGGAAUGGCAUGAAAUAAUAGCAACAAGAGAAAGACUGAGAGGUGUGUUGAAAAUUGAUGGAUGUACAGAUGAAAGUUUGCCACCAGAUUACUGUUUCUCUAGCAGUCAGGGAGUCGGAGCUUAUCCGCAUUUGGAUCUUCAAGGAGUACCGCUGAAUAUUGGAGGUAUAAAGACAAUUGAUUCUAUCACAGAACGUCCAGGACAGGUGUCAACCUACGACUUUGUAGGAUGUAUGCGAGACGUUUACGUCGACGGUAUAUUCCUUGAUUUGGCCGAGCCCCUUGACAGCAGUGACGUGAGCCAUCAGUGUCCUCGUGAAGAGGAUAUGUGCGAAAGUAAUCCAUGUCAGAACGGCGGCACAUGUAUUGACGAAUGGUGGAAGUAUCGGUGCUCGUGCAAAGACGGAUUCAUGGGUCAUCAUUGUGAAGAAGAAAUGUCAUCAUUUACAUUUGGAGAUGGUAGCUACAUCAAAUAUACCAUUAAAAACAGUUUCCGCCGGCAGAAAUUACUGGAAGGAGAGUUGAAACGUAAAAAGCGGAGCACAGACCCACAGACAGCAUCUCUAUCGUUCCGCACUCGCCAUGAAGAUGGACUACUCUUUUACAUGGUUGAUACUGAAGUUGAUCGAUACACCAUAUUGGAGGUUGUAAAGAACAAACUUCAGUACAUAUUUAGUUCUGGUAGUUUAGGCACGGGUUCAAUCUCACUGGAGAUUGGUGUUUCUGAUGGAGAAUGGCACAACGCAACGCUCACAAAGAUUGGAUUUGAAGUCACACUUACUCUAGAUGGAAUUGAUAAAACAACCACCUUUGAUAUUCCACCUCAUGAUUUUGUUAGUGUUGAAGUGCAGAAUAUUUUUCUUGGUGGUACGGAGGAUCCUUUGAACCACGACGAAAGAAACAUACUGGGUUUCGAAGGUUGUAUCGACAGCUUUGUAAUGAAUGACAACCUGAUACCUUUCAUUGGCGAAUCGGAAAUUGUGGUUGCGGAGCCCUCGGAAGGCAGUACCGAUUCAGCUAUUGGCUGCGAGGGAACCGAUGUCUGCGCAUCAAAUCCAUGUCCAGCGGAACACUUCUGUCUUGAUGAGUGGGAGAGCUACACAUGCAUUCCAGAAGGUGCUUGUAAAUCAGAUCCCUGUCUGAAUAACGGGACGUGUAUUCCGCAGGAUGCCGGCUAUCUCUGCAUUUGUCCCAAGAAUUACACCGGGCCACAAUGUGACACCGCUCUUGUAUGUGCUUUGGAUCCUUGUGGAGAAGACCAAGAAUGUAUUGUGAAUGAAAAUGGUGCAUAUUUUUGUAAAAAUAUUGCUGAAGAAGGUAGUAGUCAACUGGAAAUUAUCAUCGUUAUUGUUAUCAUCAUAUUUGUCUUAAUACUCGCUGUGAUUGUGUUCGUCAUCAUUUAUUGCCAUUGUAGAAAGAAAAAGUCAAAGCAGAAGCAACCGCCUGUCGUUGUAAACGUAGAUGGCAUUGGCAAUGAUGCAUUCACUACUGACAAUGACCAAAAAAGCUCUCCAACAAACAGCGAGCUGGCAAGAUUAGGGAUAAGUGGAACACAACCAGAUAUACUGGCGCUUGAACAGAAUAAAAAUGUGCUUGUCAGUCAAGUAGACGAGGACACAACCAUUAUGGAGGAUCAAUCAUCAAUAAUACCGACAAAUGAUGAGUUUUAUGACCUGGAGAAUGCCAGUAGUAUUGCGCCAUCUGAUAUCGACGUCACACACCAUUAUAGGGAUUAUCAUAGGGACGGGAAUAGAAAAUUACGCAACAAUCAUGCCCAUCGUAUGAGUCCAAACCAUUUACAUAGUAGGGGUGUACGACCAAAUCUCUAUGCUAUGAAUCAGCUUCGACAUAGCCCAGGACUGCCCUCACAGUAUUACGGGCAGAUGCACAGACAGUCACCGCACCCCAGGAUUAGUCCACAUCAUAUGAUGCAGAGUCGUGCAUCACCAAUAAAAGAAUUAAUUCAUAGUAGAUCAAACUCUGAACAAAGUAUAAAUCAGAGCGAGUUGAGGAGCGAGCCUGGUUUUCGCAGUAAUGCAAGUACUGUAAGCGAGAAUUCCAGAAGAACUAAAAGUCCAAUUUCAAAUGGGCAUUUACCAAAUAGUCGACCUCAAAGUAGGUUAAAAAGCCCAUUAACGGUCGUCGUAGACGCCGAACAACCAAAAGGCCUCUCCGCGGAGGAGGUGGCAAUGUUAAAUUCUGCUAGGCCAAAUGAACAUGCCGGCAGCUUACCAAGUACACUGGAUGGGAUAUCAUCGGGUAGUAGUGACCGUAAUGUGCAAUCAGUACCCUUUGCCCGCAAUCCGCAAAAUCUUUUGGAGGCUCCGGAAACUUCUACGGAUGAGAGCAAUGACUCAUUUACAUGUUCGGAGUACGAGUGCGGACCAGAAAAACUCAAGUUUCCAGAAUUUGACCCCAGUAACAUAAUUUUUAAACGGCUUGCUGUGGUCAAAGAAGACGAUCCAAAUAUUCCGGAUACUAGCAGGACUUAUAACUAUGAAGGGAUUGAUUCAGCUGGUGGAUCAUUAAGUACUUUACAAAUGUCAGAAGAUGACAUUCCUCAUGUAUCAAUGAAACCACCCAAUGGACAUUUUAGUUGGGACUAUCUUUUGAACUGGGGUCCAAGUUUUGAGAACUUGGUUGGGGUUUUUCAUGAUAUAGCGUUAUUGGAAGAUGGGGGCAUUGCAUUGAAACUUGACAGAGAUCCGAGCUUGGAGGAGUAUGUGUAACUGCAUUAACCAAUCAGAAUUGAAAUGGUAAUCACAUGAU